GCUCCCUCACAGCACAUCCCAAAGCCAUGGGUGAUUCCAGUGCCAAAGGGGACCCUACAGCGCAUCUUUGGGACCAGCCAGGUGUUCGGAACUUUGAUGAUAUAAAACCAAAGGCUGCAGGGUUAACGGUGUCCCUCAAAGUCAGGGAGUACUACCAUCGAGGCCAUCAGUGCUUGGAGCAAGAAGACUGGGAGGUGGCCGUGCUGUUCUUCUCCCGUGGCCUCCACCUGGACUCCCAGCUGGUAGAAUUCUAUGCCUUGAGAGCCGAGGCCUACAUCCAGCUCUGCGACUUUUCCUCGGCCGCCCAGAACCUUCGAAAGGCCUACUCCUCCCAGCCAGAGAACACGGACUUCCUGGAGCGGCUCACCUUGGUGCUUUACCUGAAGGGCCAGUGCCUUUUCGAGCAAUGCGCCUUUCUGGAUGCCCUGAACGUCUUCUCUCAAGCCUCUGAGCUCCAGCCUGAGAAAUACUGCUUCCGUUAUCGAUGCAUGGCCUGUCUCCUGGCCCUCAAACGGCAUCGUGAAUGCCUCUCAUUCGUCACCAAGGAGGUGAAGCGUGGCACCACCAACGCCGACGUCUACAUCCUCCGGGCCAGGCUUUACAACUUCUUCCAGCAGCCCAGCCUCUGCCAUCAAGACCUACACAGUGCCUUGCUACUGGAUCCCAAGCACCCACAGGCCAAGGUGCUGCUCAAGGUGAUGGUGGGCCAGGCCCAAGAGGCACGCCAAGAUGCCGGCAUCCUGGCCGUGCAGGGCAAGCUGCAACGUGCACUGCAGUGUAUCAACUGUGCCAUUGAGAACAACCCUCUGGACCCCAGCCUCUUCCUCUUCCGGGGCAUCAUGUACCGACGGCUCCGGGAGUUUGACAACGCCGUGGAGGACUUCCUGAAGGCGUUGGACAUGAUGACCGAGCACCAGGAGGACCUGGUGCAGCAGGCGCAGCGCCAACUGCUGUUGGCCUACAACGACUUCGCGGUGCACUGCUACCUGCAGGGCGCCUACCAGGAGAGCGUGCGGCUGCUCAGCAAGGCGCUCAAGAACGAGCAGCGGGAGAAAGGCCUUUACAUCAACCGUGGUGAUUGCUUCUUCCAACUGGGCAACCUGACCUUUGCUGAGGCGGACUACCAGCAGGCGCUGGCGCUGAGUCCGAAGGACGAGGGCGCCCACUUGCGCAUGGGCCUACUGCAGGAGAAGUUGGGCUUCUGCGAGCAGAGGAGAAGGCAGUUCCAGAAGGCAGAGAACCACUUCUCAAUGGCCAUCCAGCACAACCCCCAGAAGCCCCAGUACUAUCUGUACCGCUCCAGGAGCCGGCAGCUCAUGCAGAACAUUUUUGGGGCCCGCCAGGAUGUUGCCACUGUCCUGCUCCUUGACCCCAAACAACCGAAGCUGCUGCCACUGAUGACCAACCUCUUCCCCGGCAUGUCAGUGGAGGAGGUGCUUAACAGCCAGGUGGCCCACCUGGCCAGGCUGCAGCUGGACCGGGUGGUGGAGCACAGCCUGCAGGCCGGCACCCCUCAGGAUAUCGUGGGGCGGCUCAAGGAUCAGGAACUAGAGCGCCAGAGGGCCCGGGCCCUGCAGCUUUCGUGGAAGCUGGAGCAGCCUUUGUUCGAGAACUCCAGAGACCUAGAGGCCACUCACCAGUCCCUGAAGGCAAAGCCACAAGGUCCAGAGGAAGAGGCCAAGGCCCCUGGGGAGAAGGAGAAGCUGGAGCCGGCCCCCAGCAAGGAGAGGUCCCUGACCGACAGCUACAUCAGCCAGACCUCUUCAGGCUCCAUCUUGGGCUUCAGGACCACGUCCACCGCAGAGACGGAGACGUCCACUGUCUGCCAGGAAUACGGGAGCACUUCGACCACUGCUGUAACAUUCUCUGACUCUUCACUGCUAAGGACACAGUCCUCAGACUCGGGGUACAAGAGGGAAGACCUAAGCCUGAGCCACAGCCCCAGAAAAACCAAGUCCACCCCAGGCCACAGCCAGAGGCCCAGCAAGCCCGAGGCCAUCCAGGUCCAGAGCCAGAGGCCCAGCAGGACCGAGGCCACCCUGAGCCAGAGCCAGAGGCCCAGCAGGACCGAGGCUGCCCUGAGCCAGAGCCAGAGGCCCAGCAGGACUGAGGCCGACCAGGUCCAGAGCCAGAGGCCCAGCAGGACUGAGGCUGCCCUGAGCCAGAGCCAGAGGCCCAGCAGGACCGAGGCCAUCCGGGUCCAGAGCCAGAAGCCCAGCAGGACCGAGGCUGACCACAUCCAGAGCCGGAGGCCCAGCAGGACUGAGGCCGACCAGAUCCAGAGCCGGAGGCCCAGCAGGACCGAGGCCGCCCUGAGCCACAGCCAGAGGCCCAGCAGGACCGAGGCCACCUGGAGCACAAGGCGAAAGCUCAACAAGACUAAGGCCACCCAGGGCUCAAGGCAGAGGCUCAGAAAGGCCAAGGGUGCCCAUGGCCAGAGCUGGAGACCCAGAAAGGCUGGUGCCACCCAGGACUGGAGCUGGAGACUGAUCCAAAGUCCCAGCAAAAUCAAGACUUUCUAUGACUCAAGUUGGAGCCCCUGCAACACUGAGGCCACUGAGGCCCAGGGCCAGAAUCAGAGGCCCAGCCAGUCCAAGGCUGCCCAGAGCUGGAGCCAGAGCACAAGUCCAGGUUCCGGCAAGACCGAGGUCACCUGGGGACUGAGCCCAAGUCUCAGCAACACGCAGACCACCCAGGGCCUGAGACAGAACCCCAGCCCUGGCAGUUAGGCUGCUGUCUGA